GUCUAGACCCAGCCAGACCACAGUUUGAAGGAAGACAUGCUGAAGCACGCCUGGACAAAACUGAUGCACAUUUUGUUGACGUCAUUCACACUAAUUCCGCACCUUUCCUCUUUGGUGGAGCAGGAUAUCGCGGUCAGCUUGGUCAUGUUGAUUUCUAUCCUAAUGGAGGAGAAUAUCAGCCUGGAUGCGAGGGAUUAUUGAGAUGUAAGCAAUGAAUGUAUUGUUUCAGCGUCAUCCAUGUGAGUGUCACCCCGCAUAACAAUCGCAAAAACAAUUGACAACAACAGCAUGCACUGCACUAUAACGACAACGACAACGACAACGACAACGACAACGACAACGACAACGACAACAACAACAACAACAACAACAACAACAACAACAACAACAACAACAACAACAACAACAACAACAACAACAACAACAACAACAACAAAAGGUUUACUGCACGAGGUUUUUGUGACGUCCAGAAUUAUCAAGGUCGAGGUAAGUGUAAUUGUAUAGCAAACUGCCGCUUGCUAUAAAAUUACAUACCGCUGACUCAAACUACAGAUAACAGUGUUAUGUGCUAUUAGAUACAAACUAUAACACUGUUAUAUGAACGUUGCGAAUUCUAUAUUUAGCUGUAACUUAAUGGUCAAUCAAAGGACACACAGUGAAUGCAAUGUAUAAUAACAACAGUAAUAAUACCAUAAUCAGCAUAAUGAAACAUUAAUGACUUUAUAAUGCCAUUUCUAUAUAGCAAUCUGGCAAAGUGGCGUCUUAAAUGCAGCAACAUGCCACCACAUGAGAGCAGUGGAAUAUUUCACGGCAUCAAUUCGACAAGAGUGUUUGUUUCCAGCGUUUCCAUGCUCUAGCUGGAAGGAAUUUAAGGAGGGAAAAUGUUUCAAUAAAUUCCGUGUCAGAGAUAUAUCACUCAUGGGCAUGCAAGCACAACAAUGUAAGAAACACGAGCAGCCAAUGUAUCUGACCACAACAUCGAAAUCACCUUUUUGUGGUAUGUGAAUUAUAAAUGUUUUAAAAAUAGUUGUUGACUUCAUAAAAGUUAUACUGCAGCCAGGGGCUACCAUGUGGUGGAGGUGGGACUCGAUGUUUUUUUCAGCAGAACUGGACCGUCACACCUAACGUUUUUAACUCCUUCUAUGUAGACAUUUAUGUUCACGUGAAAUUUAUUCCAAGAGCAUUUGGCAGACAGGUUUCAUUUUGAUAAGACAACCAUAGCCUCGCGCUAAUUGGCUAAGCUAAUUGAAACGUUGAAAUGCUAAUUAUACAGACAUUGGAGAGCUUCAGAUUUGACUUCCACUACUGCUACCACUAAUAGAUUAUUAACCAAUCAAGAUGCGUUGUGCCAGGGAGAGGUAGUAGUAGCGGUAGUGAAAGUCAAAUCUAAAACCUCUUUAAAGUCAAAUCCAACAGACGAUUUGUGUUUGAGAAUGCACUAAUUGAAUGAUCAUAAUUCUAACCUAAUACUCUUUUUCAGUUUACAAUUAUGUGAUUCUAAUAUCUUAUUCAAAAAGUGGAAGAAAAUACAAUGCUUUGUAUGUUCAAUUAACUGGAAGUAAAAGCACAUCCCAGAAGAAAAAAAUUCAAUUGGACAGGUAUAUUUGUGUAUGUUGAAAAUAGAUAAGGAAGCUUUGGGGAAAAUAGAUAAUAUCCUCCACCUUGUACUUAAUUUUAGUUUCAUAAAACGCUUUCUUACGUUUCUUAGGGAAUCUGGAACCAAACUAGAACUGACUACGGAUAGUGAAGAUAUUGGAGAACUGAUUAGUGUGGAACUGUUUUACUACGGCUUUAAUUCCUUCUAUAUCCAGAAUGUUCGGGUAAACAUUCUACAUAGAAAUGAAAUGUAAGUAGUAUAGAAGUAGUAAUCUUUAGUCGAAAACGCAAGAAACAUGUAACAAGGCCAAAAAUUUUAAGCAUCUCCCCCGUUGACAACAAUUUUGGAAUGUUUUACCUCCAGCAAUGAUCUUUUUGACACCAUUACAUUCAUACAUGCGUAGUGAAGUGAUCUGAGAAAUUCCUGAAUCGUUUGUAUGUAUGUAUACAUAGCAGGAUAUAUACCAUAUCCCAUUUUAAACGCUAUAGUAUUUUUUUGUUUUAGAUAUAUCUCUUGUUUUGACCAACUCGUCAAAAAUAGUUUCUGGUUGUUCUGGAGGGUCUCUAAAGCCAUAUACAAACGUGAGGCGUAUCUCGGUGAGGAUUGCGGAACGACAUUUUUCUAAGUCGGAUGGUAUGGUCAAGGGACGUGUUGGAAACUCAAAGCAAUGGCAUACAAAAAAGUUUCACCUCCAUAAAUGUUUAUCCAAGAGUAUUAUAAAGAUCGUUCUUGUCAGCAAGUGACGUCUGCAUGUGCCACACAUUUGUUUCGACUUGAGCAAGACGAAACUGGAAUGACGAAGAUGCAUGUCAUAUGUUGAACUGUGGAGAAAUUACAGUACGCCCUAUUUAAAUAUGGAGUAAUAUAAUCGAAACGUUGAUAUCAGUAGGGCACUGACGUAUUUAAUAUUAUUAAGUUAUAUAAGUACUGUAUAUAACAAAUUGUGUAAGUGAAAUAGCCAUGUUGUAAAUAGUACUAGUACG